CGCUGUGAACGGUUACAGUGCGCCCCGGAGGGAGCAAAACUCGGCAUUCGGAUUAAUAUAUAAAGCAGAUCGUUGUCAAUCAACAUUACUCAGUCAACGUUCAGUAUUAAUACACUUAACAUCAACAAAAAAAAUUAUUUAUUUACAAUGGCAUUCAAAACUGUCGCCGUCUUCGCCUGCGUGCUGGCUUCCGCACUUGCCGGUCCAGUAGCCCCCGCCUACCCGGCACCGUCUGCCUACCCAGCACCAUCGGCAUACCCAGCACCAUCAGCUUACCCAGCACCAUCAGCUUACCCAGCACCAUCAGCUUACCCAGCACCAUCAGCAUACCCAGCACCAGCUUACAAGCCUGCCUCAUACUCAGCACCUAAGGCAUACGCCCCAGAAGCCGCAUACGCCCCAGCCCCAUACAACUUCGACUACAGCGUGCACGACGACUCCACCUACGACAUCAAGAGCCAAUCCGAAUACAGUGACGGAAACGGUUACGUCAAGGGAUCUUACAGCCUGGUCGAAGCCGACGGUACCAAGAGAAUUGUUGAAUACACCGCCGACGACGUUAACGGAUUCAACGCUGAAGUUAAGAAGGAAGGAACCCCAUCUUACAGUUCUGCCCCAGCCUACAAACCAGCCUACAAGGCUCCAGCUUACCCAGCUGCUCCAGCUUACCCAUCGGCCCCAGCUUACCCAGCUGCCCCAGCAUACUCUGCUGCCCCGGCUUACUCUGCUGCCCCAGCCUACAAGCCAGCAUACAAGCCAGCCUACCCAGCUGCCCCAGCUUACCCAGCUGCACCAGCAUACCCAACUUACCAAGCUGCCCCAGCUUACCCAGCUGCCCCAGCUUACCCAACUGAGUCCUACCCAGCUGAACCUUCCUACCCAUCUUACCCAGCUGCCCCAGCUUACCCAGCCCCAGCCUACCCGGCCGCCCCAGCUUACCCAGCACCAGCCUACCCAGCUGCCCCAGCAUACCCAGCACCAGCCUACCCAGCUGCCCCAGCUUACCCAGCUGCACCAGCCUACCCAGCUGCACCAGCCUACAAGCCAGCCCCGUACUCCGCCCCCAAGCCGUACGCCCCAGAACCAGCCUACUCCGCCCCGUCACCGUACAACUUCGACUACAGCGUACACGACACCUACACCGGUGACAUCAAAAGCCAAAACGAAUACGCCGACGCCAACGGUUACGUCAAGGGCUCCUACAGCCUUGUAGAACCCGACGGCAGCAAGCGCACCGUGGAAUACACCGCCGACGACUACAACGGUUUCAACGCUGAAGUCAAGAAGGAAGGUGGAUACCCAGCACCAGCCGCUUACUCCGCACCGGCCCCGGCCUACAAGCCCACCCCAGCCCCAUACAAGCCCGCGUACUAAUAACGCUACCGUCUCAAAUCACUGAACGUUGCAUCUCAUACGCCGACAUCAUCAUUGACGAUUUCGAAGACUGUUUUAAGUCUCAGAACAUUUUCGUAACUGUAUAACACACGCAACCACAAGCGUGUGUUUUCUCAUAUAUAUAUAUUUAUGUAUUUACUAUUGUCAUCGGUUUCAUCUUGUGUUUUUUUUUGUAAAUAAACGUCAUCCAUGUCGUAACAGAUAA